AGGCGUUUCCACGUUUCAGCAGCCGGUGACAGAGCAGCAGCGGACAGCAACGACGCACACGGACCGAGCAACGGGAUCACGACACCUCCUUUACCCUGCCUUUCUCCUUUAUUCUCUGCGAACGCUGACUGACAGCUCCUCUAAACCGUACCCCCUCCAGGGCAGCGUCGCUGGGAACACUAAAAACCAACCGUUGAACGACUUGACACCGCACGAGGGAACCGAACCCGGCGAGACCAACGGAGUGGACUUUUUUUUUUUUACAUCUUCCCCUGCAGAGCGUUUCUACUCUCUUAAACCGACAUUACAUUCCCCACAGAGCUGUUUUUCUGUGACAUCCAGAGGAGAUUAUCUUCCCGCUGACUCUCCUGCAUCUCUCCCUGUCUGUAGCUGACUCAUAUUUGCUGCGCUCAGGACCAUGGCGGAGUACAGCUCUCUGCUCAGCGACCUCUCUGAAAACAUCACCAACGAAGACUUGGAGCAGCUCAAGUCGGCCUGCAAAGAGGACAUCCCCGAGGACCAGAGCAACAACAUCACCUCGUCCAAGGAGUGGUUCAGCUACCUGGAGAAGAACGACAAGCUGGCUCAAGAUAACCUGUCAUACAUCGAGCACAUCUUUGAGAUUUCACGGCGACCUGACCUGCUGACGAGGGUGAUUGAGUACCGCACCACCGUGCUGAAGAUUUCUGAGGACGACGAGAUCGACACCAAGCUCACACGCAUCCCCUCAGCCAAGAAAUACAAAGACAUCAUCCGCCAGCCCUCUGAAGAUGAGAUCAUCAAGUUGGCCCCUCCCCCUAAAAAAGUGUGAGGUCACCACCCCCGGCCCCGAUCUUUGCACCUUGAUUUCUUCACUCCUGGCACUCCAAUCAACCGACCGACCGAUUCUGACCAAUCCCAUCACUCCCUCUCCUCACACUUAUCACAUACAUACACACACACGCACCGCCAGCCACAA